CAAUCAAGAUCAACGGCAGUCAACUUCACACGUCCGAUUUCAGGUCAGUCUUAUUUCCGUCAACACAUCGCCAUCAGCUUCCAUGAUAAAAUCAUCGUUGUCCAAAACCCAUGCAAGAUCAACGGUCGUGAUCAUAAGUGUGCAAACUUUCAUGUUCACUGCUACACCAAUCUCUUAUUCCUCUUCAGUGUUCAGUCACUGAGUGAGUUUUCUACGUUUCUUUCUCUCUCCAAUAACCAGAAAAGAACAAAUGAAAUAGCAGAGAAAGUCCAUUCUUUGAUUAUUUCUUCCUUCUCGUACUCACUUCUUCGUCCAGAGACAAGCAUUUGAGUUAGUAGUGAUACAGAGAGAUAGAGGGGGAGAGAGAGAUGGAGGAGAGGCCAGAGACGGAGCUCAUAUCCAUUCCGGCGACUCCCCGUGCCUCGACGCCGGAGAUUCUAACGCCGUCAGGUCAGCGAUCGCCGAGGCCUCCUUCGAAGGAAGCGAAAUCGUCGAAUGCUUGGACACCAACGUCGUUCAUAUCGCCGAGGUUUUUGAGCCCCAUAGGGACGCCGAUGAAGAGGGUUUUGAUAAACAUGAAGGGAUAUUUGGAGGAGGUUGGACACCUAACCAAGCUCAACCCACAAGAUGCUUGGCUACCCAUCACUGAGUCUCGCAAUGGCAACGCUCAUUACGCUGCGUUUCAUAAUCUCAAUGCUGGUGUUGGAUUUCAGGCCCUGGUUUUGCCUGUUGCCUUCGCUUUCCUUGGCUGGAGUUGGGGAGUAUUGUCCUUGACCAUAGCCUACUUCUGGCAACUUUAUACCUUGUGGAUUUUAGUUCAGCUACAUGAAGCUGUUCCGGGAAAGAGGUAUAACAGAUAUGUCGAGCUUGCACAAGCUGCAUUCGGGGAAAGAUUAGGUGUUUGGCUUGCUCUCUUUCCAACUGUUUAUUUGUCAGCUGGAACUGCAACAGCUUUGAUUCUUAUAGGAGGGGAGACCAUGAAACUCUUCUUCCAAAUAGUUUGUGGGCCUCUCUGUACUUCGAAUCCCCUUACAACAGUUGAGUGGUACCUGGUAUUCACUUCUCUGUGCAUUGUUUUGUCUCAGCUCCCAAACCUUAAUUCAAUUGCAGGACUUUCCCUUAUUGGUGCCAUAACAGCUAUAACAUAUUCCACCAUGGUGUGGGUGCUAUCUGUUAGUCAACAAAGGCCACCUUCAAUCUCCUAUGAACCCCUUUCCUUGCCAUCCUUUUCUGCUUCUGUCUUUCAAGUAUUGAAUGCGCUUGGAAUUGUAGCCUUUGCUUUCAGAGGGCAUAAUCUAGUCCUGGAGAUUCAGGCAACAAUGCCAUCAACCUUUAAGCACCCAGCUCACAUACCCAUGUGGAAAGGAGCCAAAGUUGCUUAUUUCUUCAUUGCCAUGUGCCUGUUCCCUAUUGCCAUUGGAGGCUUCUGGGCUUAUGGAAAUCUCAUGCCUUCAGGAGGAAUUCUUAAUGCUUUAUAUGGUUUCCACAGCCAUGACAUUCCUCGAGGACUUCUUGCAUUGACAUUUCUGUUAGUGGUGUUCAAUUGCUUAAGUAGUUUCCAGAUAUAUUCAAUGCCUGUUUUUGACAGUUUUGAAGCUGGUUACACCAGCCGUACCAACCGCCCGUGCUCAAUCUGGGUUCGGUCUGGAUUUCGUGUUUUCUAUGGAUUCAUCUCUUUCUUCAUAGGUGUUGCACUUCCUUUCCUAUCAAGUCUGGCUGGUCUACUAGGGGGACUUACCCUUCCAGUCACAUUUGCAUACCCUUGCUUCAUGUGGGUUCUCAUUAAAAGACCUACUAAGUACAGCUUUAAUUGGUAUUUCAAUUGGAUUCUGGGUUGGUUGGGUAUUGCCUUUAGCUUGGCCUUUUCCAUUGGAGGAGUCUGGAGUAUGGUGAACAGUGGAUUGAAGUUGAAAUUCUUCAAACCACCCAAUUAAGAAGCAACAAGCUUUGGAAUUAUUCUCUAGCUGUCUGUAGAUUAAUUCAUAUGCUGUCUGAGAAAUCAAACGCUCCAUGUAUGCAUGUGUGUGCAGUCCAGAUGGGUGUGCGAGUUCAUCCUGGAUAGCCCUUGCGAGUCACAUAACCUGUCUACCCUUGGGGUUGUCUUUUGUUCAACAAUAUCUGUCUUUCUUUUUAAAGAAAUACUGUUGGAACUGUUAUGGAGAUUUUUAGAGUUGAUCAUUACCUUAUAAAAGUAUAGCUUGGAUUGA